AUGGGACGUCGAUCGAAAACGCCUGUGUGUGGAAAUGGCAUCGUCGAGACUGGAGAAGAUUGUGAUUGUGGUUUGAACAAGAAUUGUGUAUCUGUGGAAGCAUGUUGUAAUCCUCGAACGUGUCAAUUCUAUUCGGGCGCUGAAUGUUUAUCAGGUGCAUGCUGUUCGGGUUGUAAAUUACUUCCAGCAGGCUAUCCAUGUCGUGCUUCACGAAAUACUUGUGACACACCAGAAGUUUGUGAUGGGACAUCAGCUCAAUGUCCGGAUGACGACAGCUUUAAAGAUGGGUCAUCCUGUCAAGAUGACAGCGGCACAUGUUUUCAUGGGACAUGUAGUGGUGCGCAACAACAAUGUGUUGACCUUUGGGGACCAGGAUCAAAAGUAGCACAUGAAUCGUGCUAUACAAAUUUUAAUCCGUCAGGUUCCAUGACGGGCCAUUGCGGUUAUGAUUCUCGCUUGCAAAAAUAUAUUCCCUGCUUUAAUAAUGAUGUAAAAUGUGGCUUAUUGCAUUGUGAAGGUGGAAUGCCGUAUCCUCGUGUUGCAUCGUCGAAUUUUAUGAUUUUCAAUGUAAAUACACGCGAAGGUUCAUUUGAGUGCAAGAGCAUCUCUAGUCCAACUUACUCCAUACUAGUCAACGAUGGUAACAUGUGUGGCGAAUCAAGUUUUUGUCAAAAUAAUACCUGCAUUGAACAAAAGUCAACAUCGACAUGUCAUUCACAGAAAACAUGCUCAGGAAAUGGAAUUUGUACAGCAGCAGGUUUAUGUUAUUGUAAUACGAAUUGGAAGGGCAAAGACUGUUCAAUAUACGAUAUGAAGCAUCAAGAUGCAAUUUCAUAUAAUCGUUCCUUACCCUUCAGCACCCAUCCUGUCUCUCCAACUGCUUUCGCUGGUGUUGCGACUAUUACAUUUCUUUUGUUUACUCUGCUAAUUAUCAUCUCAUGUUUAUUCAGAAAUAAAAAGCGAUCUUCUCAUCGAAAGCCACAUGAGUUAACAGUCAUUAAUCAUCCACAAGUGACAGUUAAUCCAACUGAUAUCCAACCUGAUCGUUCACAAGUCUAUGCUCAUUUUGACCAUCCUAGCCAUAGUCUGGUUUCAACACCUGUUUUUCCCCACCGAACGCCUUUGCAUCGGUCACCGUAUAUGACAAGCAAUCGUUCCAUAACGAGUGCUUGUACUGGUCUCUCGUAUUUGCCCACAGAUACACCACGUUCUCUUCGUUAUACGAAUCGAAAAAUGACGACAAAUGGAAUCUUUAGUGAUUCCGAAACACCACGAACACGUGUACGUCGACAAACACGCAAUAAUAAUGGUUCACCAUCAGUCCACAGCAGUUCCAUUCGUCAUCCACAAACAUAUGCAACAUUAUCAUCAAAACGGCUACAUGAUCCCAAUCUCUCCUAUCAAUCGGCUCGCAGAAUCUACGAUGAUAUUGAUAAACUUUCAACAAAUGAAAAUCUACGUGAUUUCAUUCAAGCACUCGAUUCCUUUGCUCAAGAAAAAUUCGGUGGUGAAACCGAUUUACAUCUGAACACCUUUGAACAGAAUUCUAACAUUGCAUCUAGUCCAACAGAAACCAAUGAAUCGAUCACAUUGGAUAGCGGCUAUCAAUCAACAAAACAAUUAAUGAAUACAGAUGAAUAUGCUGUUGUCGUAAAAACGAAACGAACAAACGAGAAUUUUCGCGAACGACGACGAUCGUAUUCAUCCAGUGAACAUAAAGAACAUUUUUAA